AUUACAUCAAUUUGAUAUUCAUAUUUUAAAGUCCGAUCAAGUACUCAUAUACUUGGUCCGUCGUAAUCACUCACACAGCAAAAUGUCGAGCAAAUACCUGCCAGUCCGUUAUUCUUACUACAUUCGCCGCAAUUCUCGUGGUUCCUUACCCGUCUACACUGACAUACGUAACGGUGGAACGAGAUAUCUCGUUUCAAUCCGGAACGUGCAAGGUCAACUCAAUUCUCUUGCCAACGAUUUAAAACAAUCCUUAUUCAGCCACAACUCUCCAGAGGCUAGUCGAUUAAAAGUGCAAGUCGUAGCACAAAGGCACCUUGUGAUCUCAGGUGGACGUUGGAAAAAUGACGUGAUCAGUUGGCUCACAUCCAAGGGAUUCUGACUUGUAUGUAGUCACAUGUUUCGUCUACGUAGUACUAGUAUUUACACGUCAGCUGCUUCCGACUCCGUUCC